AUGCUUAUCCCCCCCGACAACUUCGGCAUGGUCGAGCCCGGCGUCUACCGCUGCUCCAAGCUCGAGGCAGACCACCUCCCGUUCCUCGAGACGCUCCGGCUCAAGCUGUUGGUGCUUCUAGACGUGGCCAAGCCGCCGCGCAUGCUCAAACCGUUUCUUCAGGAGAACCACGUGGACUUGUACGACUUGGGCGGGCUCAAGAUCCUGAACCACCAGAACACAGGGCCCGUCCUCCACGACCGCGACAGGCUUGUUGCGGAAGUGGAUCCCAGAGUGGAGAAUGUGGAUAAAAAACUGGAUACCCACGUGGAUAUCAGAGUGGAUAACAAAGUGGAUCCCAAAGUGGAUACUAAAGUGGGGAACAAACUAGAAAGCAAACUAGAAAGCAAACUAGAAAGCAAACUAGAAAGCAAACUAGAAAGCAAACUAGAAAGCAAACUAGAAAGCAAACUAGAAAGCAAACUGGACAACAAACUAGAUAACAAACCAGAAAACAAAGUGGCUACCAAAGCGGAUCCCAAAGCGGAUCCCAAAGUGGAUACCAACCUGGAAUUGCCCAACACACUGGCGCUGCCCAGCACGCCCCCCGCCGGCCGGCCCCGCCAACCGGCCGCCGACCCUGACGUGGUGCACGUGCCCCCCGCGUUGCCGCAAAAACACGAUCUGUGGAUGAUCAUCGAGAAAAACGUGAUUGCCGCCGCGUGCGCCAUCUUGCUCGACCGCACCAAGCACGCCGUGCUCGUGGUGGACUCCACGCUGGCGCUCGUGGGCAUCUUGCGCAAGCUCCAGAAGUGGAACUUCAACUCCAUCGUCAACGAGUACCGCAUCUACACGGGCAACGCCAGCAAAAUCAGCUACGGCGUGGAGGUGUUCCUCGAGCUCCUCCAGCUCGAGCUCGUGCCCGACGAGAUCGACCGCCUCGCGCGCCGCCACGAGCCCACGUCCCCGCCGCGCCCGGGCCCCGCCGCCGCGGACCCGGGCCCCGCCCUGCGCCGGCCCCUGGCGCCGUGUUCUCCCGCUCACAAUACUACUAGAAGCUCCUGGGCCACACCGCAUCCGAACUCCGACAGCCUGUUCGGUUCUUUUCCCGUGUCUCUCUUCUAUCAGUGCUGGCUACAGGCUUGCCAGCUAUUGCGCUGGACACCUGCCGCUCACAUCACAAUCCUAGUCACCCGCCGCGCAGGUCUAGCGGUGCCUUGA